UACAUAAUAAAAUCUUAAAAAGAAUUCACUUUAUUUAAAACAAGCAAACAAAAAACUCCAAGCUAACAGCCAUAGCAUAUGCAGAGGACCAAGUGCAGACCCAUGCUGGCCCCGUGCUUGCUGUUUCAGCUGAGCCCAUGUGAGCCCUUAGUUGAGCCAAUGGGCCAUGUUUGCCUGGUGUCCUCCAUCCUCCCCCUCUCCCCCCACUCAUACAGUCUUUCCUCCCCCUUCUGGGGUAGUGUCUCCUUAAAUUCCUUGUGAGGCCUCUGCCUCUGCUUCCCAAAUAGCUGGGAUUGCAGGCGUCCACUAUCAACUCUCAAGUGAGUCCUGGGUUUUCUGUCCAUUUAUUAAGCAGUCUGGGACAUGGAAGAGCAUAGUAAAUUUGAGUUUUGUCUUAGCUACUUUUUUAUUGCUGUGAAGAGACACCAUGGCCAAGGCAACUUAUAGAAGGAGUUCAUAAGAAGCUUAUGGUUUCAGAGGGUUAGCCUAUGACCGUCAUGUCAGGGAGCAUAGUGGCAGGCAGGCAGGCAGGCAUACUGAAACAGCUCACAUCUUAUAAGCAAGCACAAGGCAGAGAGAGAGUGAGAGUGUGUGCGCGUGAGCUAACUGGGAAUGGCAAGUUAACUCAACCCCCUUUCUCCUUUCCUAGCUUCAGGAGUGAGGAGAUUCACUUGCCACGCUUCUCACUAAAGCAAGGCAUGAUCCCGACACGUUACGUUAUGCCUUGGAAAGAAAGCAUGAAAUUCAGGAAUGUGAAUCUGAAGCAAGCGGAAGCGUGUGGGAUCUAUGCUGGCCCCUUGGAAGAUUCUCUGUUCUGGGGUUACAGUGAGCGGCUUUGCCAUGGGGAAGACCGGAAAGUCGUCCUGAAGAAAGGCCCUCCGGAGAUAAAGAUUGCCGACAUGCCUUUGCAUUCGCCUCUCUCCAGAUACCAGAGCACCGUGAUCUCCCAUGGCUUCAGGAGGCGACUGAUCUGAUGUGCCGACCUGGGGGAGGGUAGCCGUAUGCUUGCCCAGCACACAAA